AUGGCACCUUCCAUAAUUGCAACUGCGCCGGUUGAGUCAGCUUUUGCAGAACUCCACGAAAAAGUGCAAACCAAUGGUAACCGCAAUGGCUCUUCAGUCUUUACCAACGAGGGGUCUAAAGACUCUGCACCUCACCUGGACCCUUCCUACAAAAUCAUCGAACAGCCAAUUGGAACCCGACGUCCAAUACGAGUGGCCUGCAUGGGAGCAGGUUACUCGGGACUCAUGAUGGCCAUCGUAUUCAGUGAGAGCAUGCAAGAUAAAAACGCAGAACUAGUCUUAUAUGAGCGGAACGAAGAUCUUGGGGGAACAUGGCUAGAAAACAGAUACCCUGGUUGCAAGUGUGACAUACCAGCUCAUAACUACGCAUACAGCUUUGCCGCCAAUCCCGAGUGGCCAAACUACUAUGCAACUUCUCAGCAAAUCCAUGAUUAUAUGCACAGUGUGGCUGACAAGUAUGACUGCAAUAAAUACAUCAAGUAUCAGCAUACUAUUAAAUCAGCUAUCUGGAAUGAAAAUGAUGGUAAAUGGGACAUCAAAGUGCAACAAGCAGACGGCACUGUCUUCACAGAUAAUGUCGAUGUAUUUAUCAACGCUGGUGGCGUACUCAACAAUUGGAAGUGGCCAAACAUUGAGGGUCUACACUCCUUCAAAGGAAAGCUAAUUCACUCCGCCCGGUGGGACCAGGACUAUGAUUUCACGGGGAAGAAGGUGGCGAGUAUUGGAAUUGGCUCUUCCGGAAUUCAAAUCGUCCCACAGCUGGCCAAGGUUGUUGAUUCGAUGGACGUGUACGUUCGAACACAAACAUGGAUAUCACCAGCACCUGGAAUCAACGAGCCUACAGCCAAGGACCCGGAUAUGGAUGCGGAGUAUAAUUUCACGGAAGGCACUCUAGAAAUUUUCAAGGAUCCCGAAGUACUCCGUGAGUACCGUGUGGCAAUUAUGGAUCGCCGGAUCGAAAACUUCAAGCGUGCCAUCGCCGAAAGCGACGUUCAGAAACGGGCCCAGGAACUAUUCCGUGCAAGCAUGACUGAACGCCUUGGUGACAGUCCUAAGGGGCGCAAGGCCUUGCAGUAUCUUUUACCCGACUUCCCUGUUGGCUGUCGGAGACAGACGCCAGGACCAGGAUUUCUAGAAGCUCUGACGCAAGAUAACGUCGAGUUAAACUGGGAUGAUGUGGCACGGGUUACUGAGAAUGGCAUUGUGACUCGAUCGGGAGAGGUGAAGGAAUACGACGUGAUAGUGUGUGCCACCGGAUUUGACACUUCGUUCCGACCAUCCUUCCCAGUAAUUGGACGCAACGGAGUUGACUUGGGUCAAUUGUGGGAGACUGAACAACCAAAGGCAUACUUUGGUUUUCUGGUUCCAGAUAUGCCCAAUUACUUCUGCUUCAUCGGACCAAACAGCCCUAUUAGCAACGGGUCGCUGGUAUUGGGAAUCCAGGCUACUGCUGUUUACGUGUAUAAAUGGCUAGAAAAGCUACAGACGGAGAUGAUUCGCAGCUUUGAAGUGAGGAAAGAUGCCAAUGAGGAAUACAACCAGCAUAUGCAGGAGUACUUGGACCGAACGGUAUGGACGCGUGGCUGUCGAAGCUGGUACAAGCGCGGCACUGUCGACGGACCAGUUGUCGCCAUCUACGGUGGCACUUCAUUUCAUUUUAUGGAGGCCAUUAAGAACCCGCGCUGGGAAGACUUCCAUAUAGACCGCAUGGAGGUAGCCAGGGCUAACCGGUUUGCUUAUCUUGGAAAUGGAUUUACCCAGAGAGAAAGCAAAGGAGGAAGCGCUGGAGCUACUCAGACAUUGGACUUUGCUGAAUAUUGGCGUUUGUUUGUUCUCCCGGAAAUUCAUAAUUGA